CCCACAUACCGCCAUUGAGCCUCGGCUCAAAUACGUCGAUCUCGUCGAUCCCCAGGGUGAUUAAAGGACCUGGAUCUGGGGAAAUGCCCAUGAAUUCUGGUCCUAUUCAUUAUUCCAACAAUUUACUUUAAUGACCCAAUAGAGCACCACGCAGUAAAUCAACAUGUCGGACCGUGUUAGUCAACUCGCUGGCCAUCUCAACUACCCCAAAGGCCUACUCGCUGGUCAAGUAGCUAUCAUCACAGGCAGCGGCCAAGGAAUCGGUGCAGAAGCAGCCAGGCUCUUCGCUAAAGAGGGUGCGAAAGUUGUUGUUGCAGAUAUCGAUGCGGAAAAGUGCAAGGCUGUUGCUGAUGAUAUCAACAAGAAUGGCGGCCAGGCUAUAGCUGUGCCCGGAGAUAUUCUCAAGGCGGAAUAUAUCAAUGAUCUGAUCAAGAGAGCUGCAGACUUUGGCGAUGGAAAGAUCAAUAUCAUCGUCAAUAACGCGGGCUAUACCUGGGAUGGUGUCAUUCACAAGAUGACAGACAAGCAAUGGGACACCAUUCUCGCUCUUCACUGUACUGCCCCAUUUACUCUCGUCCGAGCGGCGGCGCCUUAUUUCCGCGUCCGCGACGGCGCUCCUCGUUGCAUCGUCAACAUUUCAUCUACAUCUGGAGUGCAUGGCAAUGCGGGACAGCUCAAUUACUCUCUUGCAAAGGCGGGUAUCACAGGCUUCACAAAGACGAUUGCAAAGGAGUGGGGUCCCUCCUUCGGCGUGAGAGCGAAUACUGUUGCCUUUGGACAUAUUCUCACAAGAUUGACGGCGGCCAAAGAAGACGGUGCGUUCGUUACUGGACCAGAUGGUGAGAAGAUUGCAUUGGGUAUCCCGACGAAACAGAAGGAGGCGGCAGGUGAUAAUGCCCAUGCAGAUAUUCCGCUGAGGAGAGCUGGUACUGCAACUGAAGCUGCGAGCGCUGUUCUGGCUGUAGCGAGUCCAUUGUUUUCGUAUGUAUCAGGCCAGACCAUCAUGGUCACUGGAGGUCGUAAUAUGUAGAGUAUAUCCAGGCGGCGAGUUAGAUAGGACUCCUGGAUCAGUCGAGGAGGACAUCAAUUGAUGAAGAAACGUGGUAUUAGAUUAAACGGUACUAUACUUCCCCAAACGCCCCCAUCCAACAAGAUGUGUCCCUUUUGUG